AGAGGGGCGACUGGCUGGCGGCGGUCGAGGUGGUCGGCGCGCUCUGCGAGGGUUUGCGGUCGUGAAUCAGUCCUUUCGGACUCGACUGGCGGCCAGCCGGGGACAGGCGUCAGUGUGCGAACUGAAGAGCAGGGACAGGCACUCCGCGUCUGGCUCGCCGGCCUGCUGCACUGAGCGCCUGUCGACGCACCUCCCACUUCCAGGAUGUCGGGCAUUCCAGUGCCGAACUUGGGGCCGCCUUACCCGGGGCCGGCAGGGUCUUCGUAUCCACCACCGGCUGGCGGUCACUACCCCCAGCAGCCGCCCCAGUACACACCGCAACCGCAGUACGCGCCUCAGCCCCAGCACGUGCCGCAUGGGCCCCAGUACCCGCCGGCGCCGGUCAAACAGGAGGUGUACCCCGUGGGAGCGACGCAGGGGCCAACGGCGCCUCCGGCCGGCUCCUUCGAGAAGGUCGAGGGCUACAGAGACACCGGCUUCAAUGGCGGAUUCGUGGCGCCGCCGUCGCGCGCGGUGCCGACGGCGCCGCCACCGGACCUGCCUCGCAUGGACGUCGUUCAACAGCCGCUGAGCAGGGGCGAGGUCAAGGAGGCGCUGGCUGCCUUCGUGGCGCAGCACUGCUGCUACGGCUCCGGGCCCAUCAAGGACAUGGAGAUCCGGAGCGUCGUGCCGUCGGCCACGUUCAAGUACACACUGGAUACCUUCACGGAGAAACGGGAGACGAAGUGGAAGUUUGAGCCGUGGAAGGGCGACUCGUUAGCUACGAGUGGAGCCCCUCCUCCGGGACCUUGGGACAUGCCCAUCACUCCAAAACAUCUGUUCCAGAAAGAGACGCGCACUCUGGAGGUGCCCAACAGCCAGUCGCUGAGGCCGUGUCACGACUGUCAGGCGCACGGCGACAAACGCUGCCAGCACUGCGCCGGCCGCGGUCGGAGCUCGUGCGGACCGUGCGGCGCCAGCGGUGUGCGCCAGCAGGAGCAGUGCGGCAGGUGCGGCGGCACCGGCACCAACGAGUGCACCCCGUGCCACGGCUCCGGCAUGAUCACCUGCCCCACCUGCCGCGGCGAGCGCAAUCUCAAGUACUUCGUCGAGCUCACUGCCACCUGGGAGGUCCACAGCGACAAGUACGUGGUGGCGACGCCCGGGCUGCCUGACGAACAGGUGCGCGAGGUGAGCGGCGAGACGGUGUGCCAGGCGCAGGGCCUCUUCGUCUGGCCGUUCACCGGCUUCCCGGAGGACCAGGUGGAGCACGCCUCUCAGCACCUGGUCAAGAAGCACCAGACGAGCUGGCCGCUGGCGCGCCUGCUCCAGCAGCGGCACGACGUACAGCAGAUUCCCAUACACACCGUCGGCUACCGCUACAAGGAGACGGAAGGCACUUUCUUCGUCUGCGGCCACGAGAAGAAGGUCUUCUUCCCUGACUACCCGGCGCGCUGCUGCUGCUGCUGUGUCCUGCUCUAGGGCGCCCCUGUUCCGCUGAGGACGGCACACGCUCCCCCGGCCUGCCGUCCUCACCGCCGCCGCUUCUGCUGGCUCGAGCCGCCCGCCGCUCGGGAGGACGCGACAGCGCGGCCGCCACCCGGGCCGGGCUGGCGGCCGCUCGGCGCUCGCUCGCGGUGGCCCGUCACGCUGCGGCGGCGUCCGCGGACUCUGCCGCCUGCUCGCUCUCUCGUGGGUGGUGCAGAGUCCGGCCGCGUUGGUCGGACUCUGAACCGCUGACUCUGGACUCUGUAGGUUACCGGGGUUGCUGUUGAAAUGAGGCUGCCGAGCUGUGAUGACGUGCCUGUUUCCGUGCUUGUUGCUGCGUUGGUCGGCGCAGGCGCCCGAGGAAGUGGUGCUGUGGUCCGAGCUUGAGGAGAAUUAGAGGGUACUGGGAACGGAGACACACGCCGAACGAGCGACAACAUAACCGAGAUUUUGAGCCGUGGCGCAUGCACGCGUGUAUAAAUGGGCGCACAGUGACGCCUUAUAAGUGGCGAUCUUCGAGGGCGAUGCUGGAAUCUCUCGAAAUUGCAUCCAUCUUGAAUAUUAACGCGCAUUGGAAAGACGCGCACGCGCUCACGGAUAACUGCGAAGUCCAGACAUGGUCGCCGUUGUUGUGACAGUGCUUGCCAUAUGGAGCACAAGAGCGUGCAAUUAAUGAUUGCUCCCGUAUCGCUGUAUAUUCCAGCCUUGUAGCACACUCAGUGGUUCAGCAUAUCCGCCAUUGUUUUGAUAAGCUUUUUCACAUGACAUAUGAUCAUGCAACCAGUGAUGUAUACUCAGUGCGUUGUCAACGACGCAUCCACUUUUUUACGCAACUGACGGCAAAAUACAUUCUCCCAGUAAGCAGAGUGGCUACGAGUGUCCGGUAAGAAAGCGGCGGGGUUUCGCAAAAUAACUAAGUUUACUCUUGAGAUACGCCCCACAACGUACUUUUACUAGCAUCCGGCCAUUUCUUCUCAAAAUAGACGGACGCCAACAGUAAAGAA